AAAUUUGUUGAGUUUUACGGUUUGUUCUCUUAUCACAAGUCUAUCAACAGAGAUAUAUAUAUAUUUACCAUUAUUAUCCAAUGUACAUGCCUUCAUCAUCAUUUAUUAUUUUUAAUUUGCAUGUCGGUGAGGGAAUGGGUGAAUUAUCAUUGGCUGAUCGAGCCACAAUAGCAAAUAUGUCGCCUGAAUAUGGAGCAACCAUGGGCUUUUUCCCUGUAGAUCAUGUAACACUGCAGUAUCUUAAGCUAACUGGUAGAAGUGAUGAGACAGUAUCAAUGAUAGAAGGUUAUUUGCGUGCAAACAAGAUGUUUGUCGACUACAAUGAGCCUCAACAAGGAGCAUACAGUUCCUUUUAACGGUUGGACCUGGCCGAAGUUGAACCCUGUAUCUCAGGGCCGAAGCGGCCUCAUGACCGAGUUCCUUUGAAAGAAAUGAAGGCUGAUUGGCAUGCUUGUCUUGAUAACAAUGUUGGAUUCAAGGGUUUUGCUGUGCCAAAGGAAGAGCAGAAUAAAGUUGCUAAGUUCACAUUCCAUGGCCUGCCUGCCGAACUUAGACAUGGAAGUGUUGUAAUUGCAGCUAUCACCAGCUGUACAAACACAUCAAACCCUAGUGUCAUGCUCGGGGCUGGGCUUGUUGCUAAGAAGGCUUACGAACUAGGUUUGGAGGUCAAGCCAUGGAUUAAAACAAGUCUUGCUCCUGGAUCUGGAGUUGUUACAAAGUAUUUGCUUCGGAGUGGGCUGCAAAAAUACUUGAAUCAACAAGGUUUUAACCUUGUUGGUUAUGACUGCACAACUUGUAUCGGAAAUUCUGGAGAACUUGAUGAAUCAGUUGCUUCGGGAAUUUCAGAAAAUGAUAUCAUUGCUGCAGCUGUUCUUUCCGGGAAUAGAAACUUUGAAGGUCGUGUUCAUCCCCUAACCAGAGCUAACUAUCUUGCUUCACCUCCAUUAGUAGUUGCCUACGCCCUUGCUGGCACGGUUGAUAUUGAUUUCGAGAAAGAGCCUAUAGGGACAGGAAAAUCGGGUAAAAGUAUAUAUUUCAAGGAUAUAUGGCCUAGCAAUGAUGAGAUCGCACAGGUUGUUCAAUCUAGUGUGUUGCCUGAUAUGUUGAAGAGCACCUAUGAAGCCAUCACAAAGGGCAACCUGAUGUGGAAUCAACUUUCCGUCCCUGCUUCCACGCUUUAUUCUUGGGAUCCAAACUCAACAUACAUUCACGAGCCUCCAUAUUUCAAAAACAUGACCGUAGAACCACCAGGCCCGCAUGGAGUGAAAGAUGCCUAUUGCUUGCUCAAUUUUGGUGACAGUAUUACCACCGAUCACAUCUCUCCUGCAGGUAGCAUCCAAAAGGAUAGCCCUGCUGCUAAGUUUCUUCUUGAGCGUGGGGUGGACAAAAAGGACUUCAAUUCCUAUGGUAGUCGUCGAGGCAAUGAUGAAGCGAUGGCAAGGGGCACCUUUGCCAAUAUCCGCAUUGUCAACAAGCUUCUGAAGGGAGAAGUUGGUCCGAAGACUAUUCAUGUUCCGACAGGAGAAAAGCUUUAUGUAUAUGAUGCAUCAAUGAGGUACGAGGCUGCUGGGCAAGACACGAUAGUCUUAGCUGGAGCAGAGUAUGGAAGUGGCAGCUCAAGAGAUUGGGCUGCCAAGGGCCCAAUGUUACUGGGCGUGAAAGCAGUUAUCGCCAAGAGCUUUGAGAGAAUUCAUCGAAGUAAUCUGGUUAUCCGUCCUAAACAAAGAGUAGACAAUUUGAUAUUGGCAUACUUUGAUCACGGUGGCAUUCUUCCAUUUGUUAUCCGUAACCUAAACAAAGAGUAGACAAUUUGGCUUCAAGUAAGUAGUCUCUUCACUUUGCUAUCUGCUUUGAUUGGAUUUGACAGUGGUAUCAUUCGAUCGACAGUUAAUAACUAGUACUGGUAUCUCAUUGUUCUCUAUACGAUCUGUUUUUCGUAAUAUUUCGUUGUAAUAUCUGGCGUGAUUCAUUUUGAAGCCGAAUCAAUUUGAAGAGUUAGAUAUGAAAUCUAGUCUGUUUCCGAGUUCUCCUUCAA